GAGUGUAAUUCGAUUGAAUCCGCUAUUGAGUUCCAUAACACAACUAUCUCUCUAUCAUCUUUCUCUCCCUCGCAUUUCCUCUAAGGCUCUCUUUGUCUCCUUAUCGGCUCACGUUAGCACCUUUUCUUGCGUUUCUCCAUCCGAAGAAGAAAGAAGAAGAUUGACGAAAACACAAUCUAGAGAGAGAGAAGAAGAAAAGAAGAAGAAGAACCUCUCUUCACUCACCAAGAUCACAACCCAUAACGCCCUUUUCGAAACCCUAAUUCUCCUUUUGCAGGCGUCGGAGCUUCGGCAAACCCUAGUAAGGGCGUUUCUAAAGAGACGGAAUAUGGUGUUCAUACGGAUUCGGUGACUCUGUUGUCUGGAUUACUUGUUAAAUCUACCUUCUUUAGUGGGUGGGCAGCGUGCGGCCUCGUGCCCCAUGCGAUUUUGUGGUGGAUUUUCAUGCCGCCGGAGCCAUUGCCUUGGGAUCGGAAAGAUCUUCUCAGAGAUAGAAAACACGACAGGUCGGAAUCUUCUUUAGGUUCUUUCUCUAGAUGGAGAGAGGCUUCUCACCACGGACCCCCAUCUCGUGAGUUUGGUCGCUGGGGAUCCAGCGAAUUCAGAAGCAGGCCUCCAGGGCAUUCUAAGCAGGGGGUUUGGCACGUACAUUCUGAAGAAUCGGAUCAUGUUCUAACGCCGUCUCGAUGCAAUGAGAAGAUAGGUGACGGUGAAAACUCUCGCCCUUCUGGUCAUAAUAGAGGGGAUGGGAGACACAACAGAAGUAGUAGCAGCAGCAGGGAUAAUAAUAAUAACAGGGGAUCUUUUAUUAGCCAGAAGGAGUAUAGUAAUAAUAAUAAUAAAGGUCAUUCUUGGGAAGCCGAUGUUUCGCCAAAUGGUCCGAGUAGAUCAAAUGGCAUGACUGAUCAGAGGUCAGUUGAUAACAUGGUAAUGGAGAACUCUCAUCCUCAUUCUGAUGACUUUGUUAGCUCAUCGGAUCAAUUUAACUUGAAAGAGCAGCAGCAGCAGCAGGAUAAUAAGAAUGGUGGUGGUGGCGGCGCUAAUGGCUUGGGCACAGGAAGGAAAGUUGAUAAAGAAAGUUCAUUGGGUUCAACUGAGUGGAAGUUGUCUCAUAAAUGGACUCGUUCUGGGAGUCUGUCUUCGCGGGGAUCCAGCUUCAGUCAAUCGGGCAGCUCAAAAAGCUUGGGUGUGGAUUCAUCUGAAGCAAAAAACGAGGUGCAAAUCAAGGCCCUCACACCGUUACAGUCUCCUUCGGGUGAAACUGGUGCCUGUGUGACAUCAGCUGCACUGUUUGAAGAUCCAAAUUGUAGGAAGAAGAAGCCUCGUCUUGGUUGGGGUGAAGGGCUUGCGAAAUAUGAAAAGAAGAAAGUUGAAGGACCUGAUGACAGUAUUGUUGCAGCCAAACCUGUUCUGUUUGUUUGCACUACAGAUCCCUUGGAUCCACACAUGUUGGACCAGUCUGAGAAGAGCCCUGUGAUUCCUUCUGCCAUCGAUCCUGCUACUCCUUCUUCAGUAGGCUGCAGUUCUUCUUCAGGUCGGGAGGAUAAACCGUUUACAGUGACAUCCAAUAUUGAGAAUGAAACUAAUAACUUCUGUAGUCCGGCUGAUAUUACUAUGGAGAGUUAUCUCGAAAGAAUACCUUUUAACUUGGAGAAUCUGGAUCUUGCGUCAAUAUCUAACUUAAGCACUUCACUUGCCGAAUUGCUUCAAGAUGAAUCAACAAGCCCAACAGAUUCAAGUUUUGUCAGGUGUACUGCUAUAAACAAAUUGCUUGUAUUGAAGAGGGAUGUUUCUAAGGAGCUGGAGAUAACUGAAUCAGAAAUUGAUUUACUUGAAACAGAGCUUAAAUGUCAGUCUCUUCCUGCAGCUGCAGCAUCUAAUGAUUUGUUUGACCAUCAAGAAACACCUGGUGAUGACCAACUAGUUACUUUCCCUAACUUAAUUCUUGAAGCCACUCCCUUGAAUCUUGUCCCUUGUGCGCAAGAAGGAGAGGCUGCUGAAUUGAAAGAUGGAUAUGGUGAUGAUAGUCCAGGAAGAAUUACAACUAAUUAUACCCUGAAGGCUGAUGGAGAAGACAGAGAUUUACAGGAUCUUGGAGUUCAGCUUGUUAGUGCUUGUGACGUGAAUACAUUGGUGGCUUUAAAUAAUGAUAUUGCCAAGAAUGCAACUCAAGAAUUUGAAAUUCCUUCGCCACCAGCUGGUCCAUCUAAUGUAGAUCCAGCAAGAGAAACCGGUAAUAGCUCUGGAGUGCAGAAUGAUGACUUGACGAUGAUCAGGGAUAAAAUCAUGGAAAGGAAGCAUUUUCUGAAGUUUCAAGAGAGAGCUGUUGCUCUUAAGUAUAGGGUAUUUCAACGCAUGUGGAAAGAAGAUAUGCAAUUGCUCUCUGCCAGAAAAAAUCGAGCCAAGUCACAGAAAAGGCAAGAAUUGUGUUUGCGUGCUCAAAAUGGAAUAUUUCAAAAGCAUCGCUCAUCAACACGUGUUCGGUUUUCUUCCCCGGCUGGGAGUGCGAGUGUGGUUCCGUCAUCAGAAGUCAUAAGCUUUACAAGCAAAUUGCUUUCGGAACCACAGCCCAAGGUUUAUAGGAAUACUCUGAAGAUGCCACCUUUAAUCUUGGAUAAGAAGGAAAGGAUUGCUACUAGAUUUGUUUCAAGUAAUGGUUUACUGGAAGAUCCUUGUGGUGCUGAGGAAGAACGCGCUUUGAUUAAUCCAUGGACUCUAGAAGAGAGAAAAAUCUUCGUUGAUAAGUUUGCUGAAUUUGGGAAAGACUUCAAAAAGAUCUCUUCUUUUCUGGAUCACAAGACUGUUGCUGCUUGCGUUGAGUUUUAUUAUAAGAACCAUAAAUCAGAUUGGUUUGCCAUAAAGAAGAAAAAUAAGCCGGAAUUUCCAGCCGAAGGGAAGCCAAGUGCUAGCAGCAACUACUUGGUUACUUCUGGCAAACAAUUGAAUCACGAAAGGAAUGCAUCAUCCCUUCAUAUGUUAGGUGCAGUGUCAGCACUUGUGGCUAAUGCAGAUAAUAAUGGAGUGGAGAUCCAGCAUAGACGCCCUUCUUCCCAACUAUUACUACUCUCAAAGGAAUCAGCGAAGCCUCGAUUUGAUGAUGGAAAUGAUGAAGGUCCAAGCAGUCCGGAAAUCUUGGACCGUGAUAGGGAAACUGCUGCAGCUGAUGUUUUGGCAGGUAUAUGUGGUUCUAUGACUUCUUGCGUCACAAGCUCUUUUACACCUGGAGAGAACAACCAUCAUCGUGUUUUGAAGAAGAGCUCUUUGACAGUGGAGGUGAUGCACAGUCAGGACGAUGAUGAUGACAGCUGCUCGGAUGAGAGCUGUGAAGAAGAGGAGACGACGAAUCAAGUUGAUUGGACGGAUGAGGAGAAGUCUAACUUUGUACAGGCGGUAUCGUGUUAUGGGAAAGAUUUCUCGAUGGUUUCUCAACAGGUCAGAACAAAGUCUAGGGAUCAGUGCAGGUUGUUCUUCAGCAAGGCUCGCAAGUGCCUUGGACUGAAGGGUGUUUGUCAUCCUACAGCCAUACCAAUGGAAGAAGAUGAAAGCAAGGCAGGGCAAAUAGUUUCUGAUCUGAACACAUUACCAUGUGAAAAAUCUUCCUUACAGGCUGUUGUGCCGGAGGAGGAAAAUGGUCAUGAAAAGAGACAACAUGAGUUGGUUGAGGUAGGAAACUCAGAAACACAAGUUGGAAACACAAGAGAUAGUCAGGAGGAGCUGCUGCAGAGCCAAAAAGGUGGUAUUGAGAACAGAAACUGCGAGUUAAAUGUAAGCAUGAAAACUGACUUGAAUUGCGUAAUGGAUGAUGAUUUAAGUGUAAUUGGGGGCGUUUUGUCCCAUAUGGAUAGGGAUGUUUCUGUGCAAGUGGAUAUUAAUAACAAACAGCUGCAGAAGAAGAUGAAGACUGGCCUAGUACAGCUGAAUCAGGAUAAUUUCCCUGUGGCUGCUGCAAAUUCUGUGCCUAGUCAUCAAAACAAGACUUUUAACCCUGAUCUUUUAUCAAAUCGUGCAGAUCCUUUACAGGAUUGCCUUUUACAGAAGUGCACCUCUAGUUCAAAAACUUGUGCUGCUUCAGUUGCAGAGUUGCCCCCUUUCCCUCCACCAAAACAGGUUAAUGAAAAUCAAGGUUCCAGAAAGGUUGUUGCAUGUGGUGGUGGUUCAUCAUCAGACUUGGAAAAGCCCCCUAUGAGGAAUGGUGAUAUCAAACUGUUUGGUCAGAUUUUGAAACACCCAUCUCCGAAGCAUGAGAAUGAAGAGAAGAGGGCUAGAUUAAAUGGUUCACUGUUUGACCUCAAAUCUACUCCUGCUGCUGCUUCACUAAAUGGUUCGCUGUUUGACCUCAAAUCUACUCCUGCUGCUGCUUCACUAAAUGGUUCGCUGUUUGACCUCAAAUCUAUUCCUGCUGCUGCUUCACUAAAUGGUUCGCUGUUUGACCUCAAAUCUACUCCUGCUGCUGCUUCACCCGUGGUAGUAGAUGCUAGGCCAUUGAAAGGCAAGGUGAUUGAAGGGAAGAACUACAUGGGCUCCGAGAAUGCCUCAGUCAGAAGUAGUUACAGUUUCUUGGAUGGGAACAGAAUUCAGAGUGGAUUUUCUUCCUGUUUGCCUGAUUCUGCUAUCUUACUAGCAAAAUACCCUGCUGCAUUUGUUAACUUAUCAUCCUCCUCUUCUAACAUAGAACAACAGACAAUGCCAAUGCCCCCACCAUUUGAGACUAAAAACGAGUUAAGCCACCACCACCUUUAUAGUAGGAGCCAACAGCAGCAGGGGGGCAGCAGCAGAGGAGAAAAGUCACAGCAGGAAAUUUUAUUAACUGAGAUGAGGAUGCUUAACGGAUAUGAAGCAGCACCUUCAAUUGCCCAACAACAGGCCAGAAUGAUGAUGAUGGCAGGAGGAGGAAUUAAUGGGGGAAUGAACAUGGGAAGCGUGCUUUCAGACCCUGUGGCUGCCCUAAAGAUGCACUAUGGUAGUGGUGUUAAAGAGCAGAAAAAAAAUGGGCACAUUGGAACCCACCACAACACCAGAGAGGAGGAACCAUGGAGAGGUAAUAAUGGCGAUAUAGGCAGGUAGUGGUGGGGAGGAGGAAGGGAAGUCUGGGCAAAUGUCUUAAUUUGCCUGUCUUGUACAUUAGUUUUUGUAAACUUUGUCAGUGCAGCAAAUUGAUAGGGCAGCAGCAGGGUUGGGGUUCCUAAGUCUGUGUUGUCUUUUUGGUCAGGAUUUUCUUAUUAGAUGAUGCUUUGUAAUUUACAGCAGCUUUGUAUUUGUUGUAUGUGAUGAAAGUACAGAAAAUAAUAUCUAAUGGAAGUUAGGAAGGCAGUGUAGGGACAAGCAAGCUAGGUUUCCUAUUUUCUUUGGUUUUUUUUUGGCAUUUUGUUUAGUGUGUCAUUUUUUCCUUUAGAACUUGAAUAUAAGCUACCUUCAGAUAUCAAAGAUGGCCUUUGUUGGGCCCUUUGUUUUGCAGGAAUUUAUUGAUGUUCUAGGGGAACAAUAAUGUUAUACUGUUUGAAUGUUUCAGUGAGAAAAUUAAAGUA